AUGCCCCGUAAGGUACAUUCCUCGUCGCCCCUAGAAACAAUGCCAUUCUCCCCCUCCCCUCCCCCCCAUCCCUCCCCUCCCUCCUCCCCCUCCUCUCCCUCCCCCUCUUCCCCCAUCCCUUCAAUUCCCCUCUAUUCUCCCCCUCCAGCCUCAUUCCCCGCUCUUCGCGCUCCUCUUCCCUCCUUUACCUCGUCUCUCCUCCCCUCAACCAUCUCCUCUCUCUCUCUCUCUAUGCGCUUCCUCGACUGCCUCUCGCCUGUCGCUCUGUCAACUCUCACCCCUCUGCUCCCUUCCCUCCACGCCCAUUUCACUCUCUGCAUCCCUUGGUCCAUUAGAGGACCUGGCCCAGCAGCAGCGGGACUACCAGGCCCAAGUCUCCUCUCUCCGCAAGGCAUAGGCACAGGAACAGCAGGAGCUGAUGCGAGCAGCACUGAAGGCGCAGUAGGCACAUCCCUCCCUCCCUCCUUUCCCCUGAACCCUCAUUCAUCUCCUCCUCCCAGGACUUGGCACAGCGGCAGCGGGACUACCAGGCCCAACCCAGGUGUCCUCUCUCCGGAAGUCAUACAUGCAGGAGCAGCAGGAGCAGGAACUGAGGCGGGUGGCUCUGAAGGCGCAGCACUCACAUCCCUCCCCCUCUACCUCCGUUCCCCUGACUCCACGUUCACCUCCUCCUCCCAGGACUUGGCCCAGCGUCAAAGGGACUACCAAGCCCAGGACUUGGCGCAGAGGCAGAGGGAGUACCAAGCCCAGGUGUCCUCUCUCCGGAAGGCAUACGCGCAGGAGCAGCAGGAGCUGCGGCGAGCAGCAAUGAAGGCGCAGCAGCAGCGCAGAGAGGCGGCGGCGAGCGAAAAGGAGUCGCAUGCGGAGGAGAAGCGGGCGGCAAGGGCCGCCCGGGCGGCGCGGGCGAGGGAGGAGCAGGAGAGUCUGCGAGCAGCCAAGCAAGAGCUGAAGGUGAUGAAUGCAGCGCGGCUCAAAGAAAGGGAGGAGAAGAUCAAUGCUCGCAAGGAAGCGGCCAAGACGGCUUUGCGGAUGGAGAGCGCAAGAUGGAUCAGGGAGGACGAGUUGGAGUGGAGGAUUAUGGAGGCCAUGUCGAAGCCAUACAUAUUGUGA